AUGAUACGCCAGACGGUCCGCUCGUUCGCGAGCAGCGCACGCCGCCUGGCCGAGACGCCUUAUAUGGGCAUCGCCCAGGCGCAAGGCAUUGCGAGGGGCCUGACAGGAGCCAUCGGCAACACCCCCCUCAUCCGCCUCAACACCAUCUCCGAGCAGACAGGCUGUGAGGUCCUAGGCAAGGCCGAGUUCAUGAACCCAGGCGGCAGCGUCAAGGACCGCGCAGCGCUCUACGUGGUACGCGACGCCGAGCGAAAGGGCCUCCUGAACCCGGGCGGCACCGUGGUGGAGGGCACAGCAGGCAACACGGGCAUCGGCCUGGCGCACGUGUGCAGGUCGCUGGGCUACAAGCUGGUCAUCUACAUGCCCAACACGCAGUCGCAGGGCAAGAUCGACCUGCUGCGGCUCCUGGGCGCCGAGGUGUACCCCGUCCCCGCCGUGGCCUUUGACAACCCGGAGAACUACAACCACCAGGCGCGCCGGCACGCGGAGCGCCUGGGCACGGGCAACGCCGUGUGGACGAACCAGUUCGACAACACGGCCAACAGGCAGGCGCACAUCGAGACCACGGGCCCGGAGAUCUGGGCGCAGACAAAGGGCAAGGUCGAUGCCUUUACCUGCGCCACGGGCACCGCCGGCACGCUGGCCGGCACGACGAGGUAUCUGAAGGAGAUCAGCGGCGGGCGGGUCAAGUCGUUUCUCGCGGACCCGCCGGGGAGCGUGCUGCACUCGUACGUGCAGUCCGGCGGCAAGCUGAUUGACAGGACGGGGUCGAGCAUCACCGAGGGCAUCGGGCAGGGUCGCAUCACGGACAACCUGAAGCCUGACCUUGACCUGGUGGAUGACUCGCUGCACAUCUCGGACGAGAAGACCAUCGAGAUGGUGUACAGGUGUCUGGACGAGGAGGGCCUCUACCUGGGCGCCAGCUCCACGCUCAAUGUCGUCGCGGCCAAGGAAGUUGCCGAGAAGAUGGGACCGGGACACACGGUCGUCACCAUGCUGUGUGACGGCGCGUAUAGAUAUGCCGACCGCCUGUUCUCGCGCAAGUGGCUGACGGAGAAGAAGCUCAUAGACGCCAUACCGGAGAGCCUGCACAGGUACAUUGUUCUUCCAUGAGAAGAGCAGGCGAAUAUAAUAAAAUACAAUUGAAUCACUGU